AUGAAAGCUACAACGGCGGCAUCGGUUUUAGCCUUGAUCUGGGAGGGAGCCACAGCUCAAGACUACAACGCUCCACCCCCAGACCUCGCGACUCUCCCCGCACUCUCUUUGUUCGAGACUUGGAGGCCGCAUACCCAUGUGCUCCCACCCAACGGCCAGAUUGGUGACCCAUGUGCACACUACACUGAUCCCGAGACAGGGUCCUUCCAUGUCGGGUUUCUCCACAAUGGUACGGGAAUUGCCGCUGUCCUGACAGAUGAUCUUGUCCACUAUUACGAUGUGAGACCUAAUGGCAACUACUCCAUCGUGGCUGGCGGUCCCAACGACCCACUUGCCGUUUUCGAUGGCUCUGUCAUCCCUAGUGGAGUCGACGGCAAACCGACACUUUUGUACACAUCUGUCUCGGCAUUGCCAAUCCACUGGACGCUUCCUUACACCCGAGGAAGUGAAUCACAAUCCCUGGCGGUCACCUACGACGGUGGAAAGAACUUCACCAAGCUAGAUAUCCCGCCUGUGAUUCCCGAGCCACCAGCAAACGUGGACGUGACGGGUUUCCGUGACCCCUUCGUUUUCCAAAAUGCAGAACUCGAUCAAACCCUUGGCAAUGCGGAGAAUACGUGGUAUACCAUCAUUUCAGGCGGUGUCCGUGACGUCGGCCCUGGCUUGUUCCUCUACCAGAACACCAGCCCCGACUUCGAGCAGUGGGAGUAUCUCGGUGAAUGGUACCAUGAGCCUGCCAACUCAACAUGGGGAAAUGGCGACUGGUCCAAGACCUUUGGCUACAACUUCGAGACUAGCAACGUCUUCGGUCUCACCAGAGAGGGAUACAGCUAUAACGGCAGUCCUUUCCUGACCAUUGCCGUGGAGAGCUCAUACGAGCCCAUUCAGGAGUCGGUCUCCUCACUCCAUGCCCAGAUCUGGGCAGCAGGCUCAAUCGAAAUCCCUGAGGGCGAAAAUGUGACAUUCAGCCCUGAUAUGGUUGGUGUCUACGAUUGGGGCUUGGCUUCCUACGCGGCCGCCGGCAAAGUUGUACCCGCAUCUUCCCAAGCCUCUACUGCCAGCGGCGCACCUGAUCGCUUCAUCAGCUACGUCUGGUUGACUGGAGAUGUUUUCGGAGGAGUUGUUGGCUUCCCAGCUGAGCAGCAAGGAUGGCAAAACACACUGUUGACGGCUCGCGAGUUGUACAUCAAGGCCAUUCCCAACGUGGUCAACAACGAUCUCGUUAAGGAGACUGCAUCGUGGCGUGUGGCUGCUGACUCCGACUCAGCGGGCGAGUGUGUUGAGCUCGAAACACUCGGAAUCGAUAUUGCCCGGGAGACGUACGACGCUAUGACUGCUGCCCCUAGCUUCACCGAACCGGACCAGACAACCACCAGUGCAGGUGUUACUCCCUUCACCCGCUCCCCGGAAACUAAAUUCUUUAUUCUCGAGGCUGAGAUUAGCUUCAACACCCGUACUUCUGACCUGCAAGCCGGUUUCCAGAUCUUGGCCAAUGAGUUUGAGUCCACCACCAUCUAUUAUCAAUUCUCUAACGAGUCCGUCAUGAUCGAUCGCUCCCAAACGAGUGCCGCUGCAGACACGACUAGCGGUAUCGAUACGUCACCGGAAGCUGGUCGCCUUCGUCUGUUUGACAUCAACGACAGCUGUGGCAACAAUGGCGGCAACGGGGGCCCUGGCAGCCCUGGUGGUCCCGGCGGCUCCGGUGGUAAUGGCGGCUCUGGUGGUCACGGCGGCUCUGGUGACCAUGGCGGCGCUGGUGGCCAUGGCGGCUCUGGUGGUUCCGGUGGCUCUGGUGGCCAUGGCGGCUCUGGUGGUCACGGCGGGCCUGGUGGUAACGGCGGCCAGGGAGGCUACGCCGGAAAAGGGAACCACACUUCUCACGCCACUCAAGUCGGGGAGCACAUUGAAACCCUGAGCCUGACAGUUGUUGUUGACAACUCUGUCCUGGAGGUUUACGCCAACUCUCGCUUCGUGUUGUCUACCUGGGUCCGUCCUUGGUACGAAAACUCCACUGAGAUUCGCUUCUUCCAGAACGGAGAGGGUGAAGUGUCUUACAGCAACAUUCACGUUGCCGAUGGGUUGUACGACGCUUACCCAGACAGAGAUCAGUGA